AGUUAGCGAGAAAGUAGUCCACCUCGACUGCUGAACAGCUGCUGGGUGAACCGACGUAAACAAGGACACAUCUGAUCCCACGAUCGUCCUCGCCCCUAAAUCAACACAACAACAGCUGGAAAUCAUCUGUGAGGUGAUAACUUUACCUCAUCUGCACAUGUCGCAAAGGAGAUCUUGUUGAAAUCGCCGUCAACUCACAUAUUAGACAUUUCGCCCGAUAUGGAGGCGAGGCGAGCAGAGACGUGUAGCUACGGGAGACAGCUUGGGCCCGAUGGAAGGUAUGCCAGACCUGGAAACGACUCGUUAGAACGGGAUGUUAGCAUGAUCUGGACUGUAGGCAUGGAAGAGAUGCUCAUAUAUUUCGUACGGGCCAACCGCAUGCUGUGGGACCCCAAGCAUCCACACUACACAAAGCCCAUACUCAAGAGGAGGAAAGUUGAGGACAUUGCUGCUAUCAUCAAGAGAGAAACGGCAUCUGAAGGAGAGUACACCCUCACCCCAGUAGAUGUAUGGAAGAAAUAUAGGAAUCUGCGAAACUCCUUUCUCCGUGAAUUGAAACGAGCUAGUGAUAAGAGGCGUGAGACAGGGAAUAACACACACACCUCCAGUUGGGUCCAUUUUAACAGAAUGCGGUUUUUAUUAUCUGUUGCUAAUGUCAAUAGUAACAGUAAUCUCCCAGCCACUGCAGGCUUCCAGGUGAGAAGCCAACUCUCAUCAGUGAAAGAUGAAAACCAUGCUAUUAGCUCUGCAAUACAUGAUGAGCGCUCAAGACUUGAGCAAGAAUGUCAGGAAGGUGUGAGGGUUGGUGGGGAGUGGGCAAGUACCUAUGCAGUAUCUGCCACCCCUUCUGCUGGAUUGACCAGACCUACAGCAUCUGCACCCUCACAGCCUGUACAGUCACAUUCCGACAACGAACCUCAGCUGAAUGCUAAAAAACGGUCCUCAAUAAGCAGCAGUAGGGCAAUGAAUUCUGAUGAUUUAGAGAGGGCUGCUAAAAUUUUACGGAAGCUAGAAAAAGAUCCAGAUGUUGCUGAAAGUUUUGGAAAGUUUGUUGCAGCUUCAAUUCGGAAGCUACCGGAGGCAAGCCAACAUAAUCUGAUGUCAAAAAUAACUCGGGUAAUGUCUGAAUUUCACACAACUGAAGAUGAUUGAAAUUGUUAUUUCAUAAAUUUAAGUGCAAUUCAUAUCUAGUAAAAUAAUGUAGCUCACUUGUUUAAACAAUAUUUUCAUAUUAUUUUGUACCACAUUUGAUACAAUGUUUCGCAAUAUCAGCUAGGGCUUCUUAAAGUACUGUUCUCUAGGCAAGUCACUAUUUUUAUUGUUGCUAUGUGCAUGUGCUCCAACUGGUCAGUGAAGUAUGUAGAAUCGUCUGAAAAUUAUACUCUAUUAGACAAGGCAUAUAAAGUAUAUAUAUAUAUAUAUAUAUAUAUAUAUAUAUAUAUAUAUAUAUAUAUAUAUAUAUAUAUACACAUACACACACAGUAUAAUAUAUAUGUAUACAGUACAUAGUGUUGUCUCUACCACUUCUGCUCCUACUGAACCUCUGCUCGAUUUCGUCAGAUAUUCAAGUAACUAGCAUAGGGUACCUAACCAGACCUAUUAAUUUGUUCUGUCAUGAGUCUGCUGACUCAACUGUAUCCUUAGAAGUUGACCUUACUCUUGCCACCACACAUUACACUUCCUUGCCAUACAUCAUUAUUAAUCCAUUUACUCAUGGUACAUUAUAUGAUACUCCCAUGCUUAAUAUUACCCUUUGAGAACAUUUGCUUGGUUGAACAGGUAUAUUUCUUUGUGAACUCUAUACACCCAGUUACAUUUUACAUGUCAUAGCCAAGAUGCCUUAAUAUUUUCAUUGAUGCACUUUUUUUUUAUACCAAUAAUUUUUAAAGUUGUAAACUUUACACUUUUAUAGAUAUCAAGUUUGUAAUAUUUUAUUACAACAAAAGAGCAUUUUUAUGCCUAAAGAAAAAAAUGCCCUGUUAAGAAUUUCCCUUUUAAAUUUGGUCUAGUUUUUUCUGCUCAAACAGUGAAACAUUUAAUGUUGUAAAUGAUUGGCUGGAAAGCCCUGCUGAUAGAAUAAAUGAGGGACUGGAGAGCCCUGCUGAUUGAACAAAUGAUGGACUGGAGAGCCCUGCUGAUAGAAUAAAUGAUGGGCUGGAGAGCCCUGCUAGUAGAAUAAAUGAGGGACUGGAGAUCCCUGCUGAUAGAAUAAAAUGUAUUUCAAAUCCUGUGAUGUUGUUAUUGGUAUUCAUUUGGUAAUUACAUACUUGAAAUUUGUAUUUUUUUGAGCUCGUGCUUGAACUUGAACUUAUUUUUUAACUUUUUUAACUUAUUGUUCAAGGGCAAUUACAAUAAAAUUUAAAAUAAAGUGUAAUAUUAUGUCAAGAACAACCUAUCAUAAAAAAUACAGUACUGUACAGUUAAAGAUUGAAAUAAAGAUAUAUUUAAAAAGUUAUAAUGUAUGGAUGGUUUUACUGCGGUGUAGUAGCUGUGCAGGAAAUGUAUGUAAAAAUUUAGAGAACUAUUUUAAUUGUUGAAUAAUUAAUUUUUUAAAAUGAGUAUUUAAGUCAAAUGAAUGAGACUAGUCCAAUAAUAGCAAUGUAACACCAAUUUUAAAUAACUUUUAGAUUAAAGAAGCAGUUAUAGUAACAUGUCUACCAAGAUUUUCUCCUGUGGUAUGCAGAGGAGUUAUAAUGGAUUCAUUUAAGUGUAAAUUUAAUUGUCUUGCCAAAUGAAUAAGUAAAAAUUCUUAGGUUGGAUUCUUGCUUUUAUAAUGAAAUACUGAUUAUUAACUGUUUAACUUUGACUUUUGUGUAUUCUUCUAAAUACAUGUUGAUGGUAUCCAAUUUCCCCCCUGUUAUUUUAUUUCAAAGGCACUGUUUGGGAUAUUGUAUUUUUACACUUUUUGGUCAGUUGUAUUUAAGGGAGAGUUUUCAUUUGUCAUUUCUAGUGUUUUAUGUAGUAUGAUCUGUGUAGCUUCUUAUUUAUUGUAGAGAAGCAGUGUUUGUUGGAUAAUAUAUUCUGUUAAUAACAAAGUUUUAAUGUACGUUUUAAAAUUUGGAUGCCAAGGAAGUCGAACUUUUGUUCUGUACUAAUUUUACAUUAAAAUUUGAAUUUUGUUGGUAUGGUUGCAAUGUGAAUAGUGUUUAAUAAAAGUGCAUUCAGU